CUCUUCCUCCCCCUCCUCCUCCUCGCCGAGUCUCCUCCUCGGCGCUGACGGUACGGUGAUAUAAUGAUGAUGGGUGUCACAGCCCGCAUUUGAACUUGCAGGCGAGCCGCACCAGGCCUUUCUGGGGACGCACUCCAGGCGGGCGGGCGAGACAGCCGCGAACACGAAGAGCUGUGGACAGGCGCCGGGACUGGGAUCUGCGGCCAGCCCCGCGACCUCCCGCAUCCUCCAGCCCGGUCCCGCACCCACCGCAUCCUUCCCCAGGCCGCCGCGCGUCCUAUGUGACCCGCCCGGGCGACGCCGAGCCCCGCGCGCAACUCUGCGGUGACCUGUUUCCCACCAACUGCACUAAGCCGCCUUUCAAGGACAAGAUGUUGAUUAAUAUAAAGAGCAUCUUAUGGAUGUGCUCUACCUUAAUAGCAACCUAUGCACAACAUAAAGGCACAGUGGAAAAAAGCCCACCUGUCAAGGGCUCCCUCUCUGGAAAAGUCAACCUGCCUUGUCAUUUCUCCACCAUGCCUACCUUACCACCCAGUUAUAACACCAGUGAAUUUCUCCGAAUCAAAUGGUCCAAGAUUGAACUGGACAAGAGUGGGAAGGACUUAAAGGAGACUACUGUUCUCGUGGCUCAAGAUGGGAAUAUCAAGAUUGGCCAGGGCUACAAGGGGAGGGUGUCUGUGCCCACACAUCCUGAGGACGUGGGCGACGCCUCGCUCACCGUGGUCAAGCUGCUGGCAAGCGAUGCGGGCCUCUACCGCUGCGACGUCAUGUACGGGAUUGAAGACACACAGGAGGCCGUGCCAUUGACCGUGAACGGGGUUGUGUUUCACUACAGGGCGGCAACCAGCAGGUACACUCUGAAUUUUGAGAAUGCACAGAAGACUUGUUUGGAAGUUGGGGCAGUCAUAGCAAGUCCAGAGCAGCUCAAUGCUGCCUAUGAAGAUGGAUUUGAGCAAUGUGAUGCAGGCUGGCUGGCUGAUCAGACCGUUAGAUAUCCCAUCCGGACUCCCCGAGAAGGCUGUUAUGGAGAUAUGAUGGGGAAGGAAGGCGUCAGGACCUACGGAUUCCGUUCUCCUCAUGAAACUUAUGACGUGUACUGCUACGUGGACCAUCUGGAUGGUGAUGUGUUCCACAUCACUGCUCCCAACAAAUUCACCUAUGAGGAGGCCAAAGAAGAGUGUGAAAACCAUGACGCCCAGCUGGCAACUGUGGGGGAGCUCCACGCGGCUUGGAGGAAUGGCUUUGACCAGUGCGAUUACGGGUGGCUGAUGGACGCCAGCGUUCGCCACCCUGUGACUGUGGCCAAGGCCCAGUGUGGAGGUGGUUUACUUGGGGUGAGAACCCUGUAUCGUUUUGAGAACCAGACAGGCUUUCCUUCCCCUGAUAGCAGAUUUGAUGCCUACUGCUUUAAACCUAAACAGAAUAUAACAGAGGCUACAACCAUCGAUCUGAAUAUCCUUACAGAAACUGCAUCACACAGUUUAUCCAAAGAACUACAAAUGGUACCUGACAGAACUACACCAACCACCCCUUUAACCACUGACUUACCUGUCAUUACAACAAAGUUCCCUUCUGUGGGAAACAUAGUCAAUUUUGAGCAGAAAUCCACAGUUCAGUCUCCAGCUGUCACACACAAAUUAGCCACUCAACCACCCACACCUGCUGGGAGUGCCAAGAAGCCUUGGGAUAGGGACUAUUACUCACCUUCUGCUUCAGGACCACUUGGAAAGCCAGACGUAUCUGAAAUUAAGAAAGAAGUGCCCCAGAGUACAACCGUCACCUCCCAUCAUGCUACUGAUUCAUGGGAUGGUGUCAUGGAAGACAUACAAACACGAGAAUCAGUUACGCAAAUUGAGCAAAUAGAAGUGGGUCCCUUGGUAACAUCUAUGGAAAUCUCAAAGCACAUUCCUUCCAGAGAAUUCCCUGUAACCGAAACACCAUUUGUAUCUACAAGAAUGACCCUGGAAUCUAAAUCUGAAAAGAAAACAGUAAGCAGUGCUUCCGAAUCAGUGCCCACAGCCCGCUAUUUCACCUUGGGAGAAGGUGGUGGUGAAGACAGAACAUCUACAGUUAGACCUGGCCAGAGCACUUGGGGCUUUAGCCAAAUACCUGAAGUCAUUACAGUGUCAAAGACUUCAGAAGACGCCACAGCAGGUCAACCAGAGGAUGUGGAGGCCGCCUCCCCGGGAGCUAGGCCUGACAGUCAUGGCACAGAGUCCUUUCCUUAUUCCGGAGAUGAGAGGUUAGCCGAGGGGGUAUCCACAAUUACUCGUCCCCCUGCGCACACAGAGGUGACACAAGGGAGAGAAAGAACAGAAGCCCUGCCACCAGAGGCGAGAACAGGUACUUAUACCAGUGAUGAAACACAGGAAAAGAUCACCAAAGGCCCCUUCAUAGGCAAAACAGAGGAAGAAGCCUUCUCUGGAAUGAAGUUCUCUACCACGUCCUCAGGUUCUCUGGCGGAAAUGACCAAAUUCUUUGAUUCAACGGCACCGACAACAGCAAAGCCAAGCGUGGCGCCAACAGAGGCGAGCGAGGUGGAGGAAGACUCCACAAGAACUGCAGUUGGAUUAGACACAGACGGCCAUCAAGAUACGACAAAGCAUGAUGAGGCUGUCACAGCAGCGCAUUCGACCCCCGGCACUUUAAGUGUGGAGGUGGCCACUGUCUCCAAAUGGUUAUGGGAUGAAGAUAGAAAGGCCUGGAAGCCGUCAGGGUUCACAGAACAUGCAGGCUCUCCAAAACCGCCCCCUGCCUCACUCACCACUACGGGGGUGAGUGGAAAGGGUGGAGAAGUCCCAGGUUUCACUCGGGAUGGAGGGGGUGACUUUACUCUUAUCCCAGAUGGUACUCAGACGCCGUCAGAGCAGUUUACUGAGGAAGACACGACAGACCACGGGGAAGUCACAGUUGUAUUUCGGCCAGCUACAUUGACUGGCGCUACAGAAAAGUCAACCUUGAGGGACUCUACAGCUGAAGAAAGGGUUCCACCUGUCACAAGCAUGGAAGGGCGGUUUGCUCAUUCCACUGUAGAAGGAAGUGCUUUGGAUGAAGGAGUAGACACGGGUGUCUCUGAGCCUGUGCCCACUGCCCCUCAAUUUGCACACACUUCAGAUGUGGAAGGAUUGGCAUUUGUUAAUUACAGCAGCCCCCCGGAGCCUACUACAUAUGUAGACACUUCCCAUACCGUUCCCCUCUCUGUAAUCCCCAAGACAGACCGGGGAGUGCUGGUCCCCUCUCUUCCAUCAGAAGGUGAAGUUCUAGGUGGACCCUCUCAAGACAUACAUGCCAUUGAUCAGACUCACCUUGAGGCAACUGUUUCUCCUAAAACUAUAAGAACAACAACAGAAAUGACCCAGGGAACAACUCAGGAAGAAUUUCCUUGGAAAGAUAAGACUCCGGAGAAACCAGUUCCUGCUCUCAGUUCUACAGCUGGCACAGCCACGGAGGCGACAGCACCUUUGGAUGAACAGGAAAGUGAUGGGUCGGCCUAUACUGUUUCUGAAGAUAGAUUGGCGACGAGUUCUGAGAGAGUCCCAAUUCUAGAAACAACUCCAAGUGGAAGAAUUGAACAUACUACGUCUUACCCACCUGGUGCUGUCACUGAGCACAAAGCAAAAACAGAAGAAGUGCUAACACUAACACCAAGCAUUAGUCCAAGUGCUACCCAACCUGUAGAAGAAGCCACUACUGAGGAAGGAGAGAAAACAUCCUUAGAUUAUAUUGAUUUAGGCUCAGGAUUAUUCAAAAAGCCCAAAGCCACAGAAUUCCCAGAAGUUUUAACAACUAAAGCCACAGUUCCAGGUGAGACCACUACUGCCUUCAGCCCAGUGGACAGACUUCACAGGACUCCAGCAUUCCAGCCAUCCUCGGUCCCCACUGAGAAACCACCUCUCAUUGACAGGGAAGCCAGUGAGGAAACGGCCGGUGACAUGGUCAUCAUUGCAGAGUCAACAUCUCGUGCUCCUCCUACCACUCUCGAGGAUAUUGUAGCCAAGGAAAUGGAAACCGGUAUUGAUAGAGAAUAUUUCACAGCUUCAAGUCCUCCUUCUGUUACACAGCCAGCAAGACCACCCACUGUGAAAGGCAAAGAAGCCUUCGGUCCUCAGGCACUUUCCACUCCAGAGCCCCCAACGGGGACAAAAUUCCACCCUGACAUAAAUAUUUACAUUAUUGAGGUCAGAGAAAACAAGACAGGUCGAAUGAGUGAUUUGAGUGUGAUUGGUCAUCCAAUAGAUUCAGAAUCUAAAGAAGAUGAGCCUUGUAGUGAAGAAACAGAUUCAGAGCACGACCUAAUCGCUUCCAUUUUCCCCGAGUUAAUUGACAUAGACAUAUACCACAGCGAGGAGGAAGACGAGGGCGACGAGGGCUGCGCAAACGCCACCGACGCCACCACCACGCCCUCCGUGCAGUACAUAAACGGGAAGCACCUCGUCACCCCCGCGCCCAGGGACCCGGAGGCGGCAGAAGCCAGGCGUGGCCAGUUUGAAAGUGUGGCACCUUCUCAGAAUUUUUCCGACAGCAGCGAAAGCGAGACUCACCAGUUUCUCAUGUCCGAAACGGAGUCCUCUCCUGCUGUGCAACCCAGUGAACCUAAAGAAACAACUGAAUCGCUCGAGGUGACAUGGAAGCCCGGCACGCACCCCGACACGCCAGACCACUUUUCCAGUGGCGAGCCCGACGUGUUCCCCACGGCCCCGUCGCCUGAGGGAGCAGCCACGGAGGGACCGGAGUCGGCCACGGAGCAGGGGCCCGACCUCGGGGACCUGGUGCCUGAGCACACUGAGCUUGUACCUCCGUUUCCAGAAGAGUCUUCGGGAGAUGCUGCCGUGGCCCAAGAACCCCCAGAAGCAAUCUUUUCAAGGUCUACAGAAGUCACGUUCGGCCAGGAGGCAGAAAGGGGUGCUUCUCUCACACAUACUCCAAGUGCAGUUCCAAGUUCUGGGUCUGCAGAUGCUUUGGAGGAAGUGUCAGUCACCUUAACAGGGAACCCCAGGCCUGCUGACCCAUUGGCCACUGUGGAAAACUGGGUGGAAAUGACCCCUGGACAAACUGUAGAGCUCUCGGGGAGUCCUUCGGUUCUGAUACCAGAAGGAUCCGGGGGAGCAGAAGACGACAAAGAGAAAAUGUUCCCCGUGGUAACUGAUCUAUCCCAGAGAAAUACUACGGGCGCACUGGUUACUUUAGACUCUGGCAAGAUAGUGAUCACAGACAACCUUUUUGAUGUUCCUGCAACUGCCGUUUACUUGGUGUCUGAACAGCCUUCCACAGAGGUAGUGCCCACCAAAUUUGUAAGGGACCCAGACACUUCUGAGUGGGUUUUCAGUACAUCUCUGGCGGGAAAGCAAAGGAAGGAUGCAGAGGAGGGAACUGCAGGUACAGCUUCCACAGUCCAGCUACAUUUGCCCACACAGAGAGCAGAUCAAUUAAUUUUACCCUCUGAGUUAGAAAACUCAAAUGAAGCUACAUCUAGCGAUUGGGUAUCUGCUACCAGGAACAGUGUGGUGUCCUUGACAACACCCAUACAGUCUGAAAGGGCAAUGACAAGUUCUAACCUUGUCUUUCCAGAAACAAGUGUUUUAGACAAUUGGGGGGCACAGACUGCUGAGCCCAGCAGUGGCAGUCAGCCUGGGGUUCAGGAAGGACUGUCCACUAUCCCGGGUAGCCCCGUCCCUGUCUUUAUGGAACAGGGCUCUAGAGAAGCUGCUGCUGACCCAGAAACCACCACUGUUUCCUUCUUUUCAUUAAAAGUAGAGCCUGAAAUUCAAAUUAAAAAGGAAACAGCUGGCACUUUGUCUCCCGAUGUGGAAGCUAUAUUCCCUUUUGAGCCGACAGGACUAGGUUUGAGUACUGCAAGAGAGUUUACUGAAGUUAUAAGCCAAACAUCCAAGGAAAACCUUGUAUCAGAGGUUUUAGGAGAGCCAAUUCACGGGGCAGACAUAAAGGGCUUCUCUACAGAUUUUCCUUUGGAGGAAGAUUUCAGUGGCGACUUAAGAGAAUACUCGACAGUAUCUAAUUUUGUAACCAAAGAAGAAAUAGUAAUGCUGGAAAGCUCUGGGGAUGCAGCAUUUAAAGAUACCCAAAUGUCACCGUCAGCAAUACCUACUUCAGGUCACAUUAAUCACAUAGCGGACUCAGAAGGACCUGGUGGCACCUUGGUCAGCACUUCAGCCUUCCCUUGGGAAGAGUUCACAGCCUCAGCUGAGGGCUCAGGUGAGCAAGUGGUCUCAGUCAGCAGCUCAAUUGACCAAGUGUUUCCCAGUGCUGUGGGAAAUGUUCUUGGUACAGAAUCUCCAUUUAUUGACCAGGUAUUGGGAGAAGGUACUACCAAACAAGCUGGUAAGAGACCCACCAGUUUACCAAGAGCAGAAGCUGAAGGUCCUGAAGCUCUAACAGAAAGGGGGAAAGUGAAGGUUGAUGGCACGGUUUCGAUGGACUUUCCCCAGACAAUGGAGCCAACCCAGUUGUGGUCCAGGCAAGGAGUCAAUCCUGUAAGACAAGAAAUUGAGAGCAAAACAGCAUCAGAGGAAGAGAUUCAAGAACAAAACUCUUUUGAAUUCCCCCAAAGCUCCGUUGCACCAGAGCAAGCAGUUUUUGAUUCACAGACAUUUAUUGAAACUGGAUUUCGAACCACAGAUUAUUCUACACUGGCAACAAAGAAAAUGUAUGGCACUGAUGAGGAAAUGGAGGCAGAAGGUGUUUCCUUAGUUGACAGGCCUACUCCAGGUCCAGGAGCAAAGGGUUUGGAACCCUACACUACUCUCCCUGAAGUUACUGAAAAGUCCCAUUUUUUCUUGGCUACUGCCUCAGUGACUGAACCUAUACUAGCUGAAAGUGUCGUUACAGAUUCAUCAAUCAAAGGGGAAGAAAAUAUAAAACCCUUUCCCAAGGUUAUGAAGCCAAUAAUUAAAGAGCCAGAUACUGAUUUAUUCUCUGGCCUGGGAUCAGGAGAAGAAGUUUUGCCUACUACAGUAUCAGUGAAUUUUACUGAAAUGGAACAAGUUGUUAGCACAUUAUAUCCCCAGACUGCUCAUGUGGAAAGUUUAGAAACCAGCGUCUCAAGCGAUACCACUGAAGACUAUGAGGGAAUGGAAAAUGCAACAAAUGAAGUUAGACCACUCACUUCUAAAACAGAAGGUAGUGAGACAGCAUCCAGCACAAACUUACUAGAAAUUUUAAGUGACACCAGGACAGAAGGACCCUUUAUGGCACCUCUCACUUUCUCCACGGACUCUGAACAUCCUCAAGUUCAGACUCACAGUUGGGAAGAAGAAAUUCAGAGUAGUCGACCACAACCUACUACUGACCAAGUCUCUGACAAGGGUUCUUCAGUAGCAGAAACUAGGGAGACAGCAACCUCUUCCACUGGCUUUUUGGCUAGAACUCAUGGUCUUGAAAUGGCCAAAGGAUCUGUUACAUCAGCACCAAAAUCAUCUGACUUGUUUUAUGAACAUUCUGGAGAAGGAUCUGGGGAACUGGAUAUAGUUGAUAUAGUCUAUACUUCUGGAACUACUCAGGCAACCAGAAAAGGAAGCACCACAUUUGUUUCUAAUACAUCCCUGGAAAAACAUCCUGAGGUUCCAAGUGCUAAAACCAUUACUAUUGAUGGAUUCCCAACAGUUACAGUGGACCUACCUCUUCAUUUAGAGCAGAAUGAAAGCUCCCCAGAUCCAACUAGCACACUGUCUAAUACAGUGUCAUAUAAGAGGUCCACAGAAGGUGCAGAUAGUUUCCACGAUGAUUUCAGGGGAUUUGAGGAUUCCACCUUAAAACCUGACAGAAAAAAAGCCACUGAAAAUAUUAUAAUAGAUCUGGACAAAGAGGACAAGGAUUUGUUAUUAACAAUUACAGAGAGUACCAUCCUUGAAAUUCUACCUGAGCUGACAUCAGAUAAAAAUACUAUCAUAGAUAUUGAUCACACUAAACCCAUGUAUGAAGACAUCCUUGGAAUGCAAACAGACAUCGAUCCAGAGACACCAUCAGGAUCACAUGGCAAUAACGAAGACAGUACUCAAAUUCAAGAGAAGUAUGAGGCAGCUGUUAACCUUUCCUUAACUGAGGAACACUUUGAAGGUUCUGGAGGUACUCUUCUGCCUGGCUACACUCAGGCAGCACAUAAUGAAUCCAUGGCUUCUGAAGACAGAAGCCAAUUUGAUCACGUGGGCUUUAUCUUCACAACUGGGAUCCCCAUCCCAAGCACAGAAACAAAAUUAGAUAUUUUACUUCCCACAGCAACAUCCCUGCCCAUUCCUAGUAAGUCUGCCACAGUUCAUCCAAACAGCGAAGAACCAAAAACUGAAGCAAAAGCCCUGGAAGACAUCUUUGAAUCAAGCACUUUGUCCGAUGGUCAGGCUAUUGCAGACCAAAGUGAAGUAGUGUCAACGUUGGGCCAUUUUGAAAGGACACAGGAAGAGUAUGAAGAAAAGAAAUAUGUGGGUCCUUCUUUGCAGCCAGAAUUCUCUUCAGGGGCCGGGGAGGCACUAAUCGAUUCUACACCCCACGUAAGUAUUGGUACUGUCCACCUUACGGCUCAGAGUUUAACAGAAGCACCUAGUGUGAUGGGAGGAUCUCAUCCCCCCGACUACACUGACACAUCAGCAGUCCGGGCCUUUGCAAGGUUGUCCUCUGAGACAUCAUCUCCGCUCACUGUUCACUUAGGCAGUGGAGCCGCUGAGCACACAGAGAGCCCCCAGCCGAGUGCUCUGCCUGGUGUAGGUGCCGGCACGUCUCAAAUGUCCCCAGGAAGGUUUGCAAAUAUUGAAGUGACUUUCAAACCAUCAAGUGAAGAGUACUUUCACACCACUGGGCCUUCCUCCUUAGCUCCUGACACAGAACCAGAACCUUCAGAAGAUAAAACGAAUCCUAACUUAUUAGAACAAAUGGAAACUUCUCCAACAGAACUAAUUGCUGAAAAAGGAACUGAGAUUCUCCAAGAUUCCCCAAACAAAACCAGUGUUCAGCUCUCUGGAGAAACAGUCCAAGUAUUUUCUAGUAUGAGAACGCCUGAGGCUGGAGCCGCUGUCACGGCUGCAGGUGGAAUUAGGGCAGAAGGUGCUGCACUGUGGCCACACUCUCCGUCUGCUUCUGCGACCGAUGGGGCUGGGGCGGGUGUGGUGCCUCAGCCCAGCCCCCAGACUUCCGAGAAGCCCACUGUUUCCUCUCUGGAAAUAAACUCUGAAACACAAGCAGCUUCUGUCAGAGGGCAGGACUCCACAGUGGCACCAUCAGAUCAGGAAGCCUCAGCGAGAAUUCUUGAUUCCAAUAAUCAGACAACAGUGAGCGCUGCAGAGUUAAAUAUUCCACUUCCAACAUCACCACCUUUCCUUCUGGAAACUCCUAAGGAAACCAGUUUCCUGAUUGACAUGAAUGAAGAGUCAGUGGAAGGCACAGCAGUCUAUUUACCAGGACCUGAUCGUUGCAAAACGAACCCGUGCCUCAAUGGAGGCACCUGCUAUUCUACCGAAACUUCCUAUGUAUGUACCUGUGUGCCGGGCUUCAGCGGUGACCAGUGUGAACUUGAUUUUGAUGAUUGUCACUCUAACCCCUGUCGCAACGGAGCCACGUGUGUUGACGGUUUUAAUACAUUCAGCUGCCUCUGUCUCCCCAGCUAUGUCGGUGCACUUUGUGAGCAAGACACGGAGACAUGCGACUACGGCUGGCACAAAUUCCAAGGGCAGUGCUACAAGUACUUCGCCCAUCGGCGCACGUGGGACGCGGCGGAGCGGGAGUGCCGCCUGCAGGGCGCCCACCUCACGAGCAUCCUGUCCCACGAGGAGCAGAUGUUCGUGAACCGUGUGGGCCAUGACUAUCAGUGGAUAGGCCUCAAUGACAAGAUGUUUGAGCAUGACUUCCGUUGGACUGAUGGCAGCACACUGCAAUAUGAGAACUGGAGGCCCAACCAGCCAGACAGCUUCUUUUCUGCUGGAGAAGAUUGUGUUGUGAUCAUUUGGCAUGAGAACGGCGAGUGGAAUGAUGUUCCCUGUAAUUACCAUCUCACCUAUACAUGCAAAAAAGGAACAGUUGCUUGCGGCCAGCCCCCUGUUGUAGAAAAUGCCAAGACCUUUGGAAAGAUGAAACCUCGUUAUGAAAUCAACUCCCUGAUUAGAUAUCACUGCAAAGCUGGUUUCAUUCAACGCCACCUUCCAACCAUCCGUUGCCUAGGAAAUGGAAGAUGGGCUAUGCCUAAAAUUACCUGCAUGAACCCAUCUGCAUACCAAAGGACUUAUUCUAAGAAAUACUUUAAAAAUUCCUCCUCAUCAAAGGACAAUUCAAUAAAUACAUCAAAACAUGAGCACCAUUGGAGCCGGAGGUGGCAGGAGUCCAGGCGCUGAUCCCUAUAAUGGCGAACAUGUGUUUUCAUCAUUUCAGCCAAAGUCCUAACUUCCUGUGCCUUUCCUAUCACCUCGAGAAGUAUUAUCAGUUGCUCUGGAUUUUUGGACCACCGUCCAGUCAUUUGGGGUUGCUGCGCUCCCAGAAACAUCCUAAGCGAAAGCAUUGGCCUUCAGAAAGAAAGCAAACGAGAUGAAGGCAAACGAGGGCGGAGAGAAACCAUUUGCAGCCUACGCGAUUUCUUUAGUUUCCUCUGGCCUCCCGCAGGCCGUUUGAUCGUGUGGACCAGCCUACUGUACUAUUUAAAAAGCUCCAUUUCAGCACCAAUGGCAAUGUAAAUAAGAUGAUUUAAUGUUGAUUUUAAUCCUGUAUAUAAAAUAAAAAGUCACACUGAGUUCUGGCAUAUUUAAUGAUGAUUAUGGAGCCCGAGAGGUCUUUAAUCAUUGGUCUGGCUGCUUUGGGUAGUUUGUUUAGGCUGGAAAUGGUUUCGCCCGCCCUUUGACUGGCAGCGAGACCGAGGACGGCUUUCCCUGGACAGGGGACAAGCGCGGGCCUGCGGGCGCUGGAGCGGGGACUGCGAUGUGGAACUUCUUCGCUGCCUUCCUCUUUUCCUCACUUACAAGAAAGGCCUGAAUGGAGGACUUCUCUAUGACCAGGAGCAUUUUUAGGGGUCGAAGUGCUAAUUAUUAACUCAACCAGGUCUACUUUUUAAUGCUUUCCUAACACUAACUUGCAAGGUUCCAGAUCAACACAUUUCAAGGGGAUAGAGACCCAGGGCUCUGGAGGGUGGGGGAUUGUUACAACAGCAACACACGUUCAAAGAAAGAAAUUUUGUAUAUAUAACCAUUUUAAUCUUUUAUAAAGUUUUGAAUGUUCAUGUAUGAAUGCUGCAGCUGUGAAGCAUACAUAAAUAAAUGAAGUAAGCCAUACUGAUUUAAUUUAUUGGAUGUUAUUUCCCCCCAGACCUGAAAAUUGACCUAGUGUGCUAGUUAUUUUCCAGUGCUAGCCCUUGUACUUUGCUCACACAGUUUGGAACCGUAUAAUCUUAGGUCCUUUGUCCCUGAUUAAAUAAUGUGAUGGAUGGAAUGCAUCAAGUGUUUAUUAUGAAAAGAGUGGAAAAGUGUAUAGCUCUGAGCAAAUGGUGUCUGCCGAUUCUAAGCAAGGAGCAUAUUAUAGAGAAAUAGUUAGGUGUAUGUGUUAAAAUGUCUUCCUUUCUCUUUCCACUCGUUUUCUCCCCUUUCUUUGAAUAAACUGACUGCCGAAGAUGACUUUGAAUUACUAUCCGUUUAAUUUAAUGUUUAAAUAAAAAUCUGUCAUGAAAAGAAGGCAUUUAGGAGUCUUUCCCUAAUUUCAGUUAGAAUGACCUUGGGAAAAGUAGACAACAUAUGAACUGCAAAUAGCAAAAGAACAGCCCCAACACUGAUUCUUUUUACGCACCCUCCUUUGGCGUAGAGGAACCCCGGUAGCUACAGUCAUUCACAGUGUCUGAGCAAGGCCCCGUGGUAGCUGUGUUAACUGGGACCCACCGCCGAGUGUUCCAGAGCUCAGAACAACACUGUGUCGACCUACUAGGAUUUAAUUUUUCCUCUUUUAUUACAAUGCACAUAAUACAUCCUGUAUUUAUAUUAUACCAUGUAUAGUGUAAAAUGUGAACGAUUGUGUUUUUUUUGUGAAUGAAAAUCUAAAAUCUUUGUAACUUUUUAUACCUGCUUUUGUUUCACCAAAGAAACCUAAAGUCCUUCUUUUACUA